AUGGACAUGUACGGCAAGGACGCCACUCCCUGGGACUUGUUCUCCUCCGACCAAAAGAAUCGGUUUAUUAUUCCAUGGCUUCCCUCCUUUGAUCCCUCGGGAAACGUGAAGGUUUCAGAGGCGGUUCUUUAUGUUCUGACCAAGCUUUCCAAUGUUGGGAAAACAGAGAAAUCCGAGAAGAAGCAGAAGAACAGGGUGGCCGGAUGUGGAACUUGGCAUGGAAAUACAACGAAAGAGCCGGUCACCGAAGCUGAUGAGAACGGAGAGUAUUCCAGAGUGAUCGGGUUCCGGCGAUCUUUCACUUUCAGGUCUUCAACCCACGAAACAGUGGGACAAUGGAAUAUGAUGGAAUACAAUAUCAACCCGGUAGCCCAUAACAUCAAUCCUGCCCAAUUCAAUUGUGAGGAUAUCGUCUUGUGUAAAAUCAAAAGAGACGACUCAAAGAGUUCCUUGGGUGGAAGACUGGUCUCUAGAAAGAGGAAAUUAUGUGAUGAUAAUGCAACCGAAUCAAGAAAGAAAUUGAAUAUCUGUGAUGAUGAUGAGAAGCUGAGGAUUGCCAUACCAGAGCCGCCAUUAUUACCAAUCCAAAUCGAUGAGAAUCUUGAAUCAGGCAAUAGCAAUCUAUUAGGUGGAAUGUCUGGUGGUAGUACUAAUUGUGUGGAAGCUUCCGGAGAGACAAUUCCAAAUCUGGCAGAUUCAGAAACCACUGGCUGCCAUUUUGAUCCAAUUGUAGAUUUGGAUUCAACAAGCAAUUUGGGCAAUCUGUUGCAGCAGGGGAAUGAAGGAAACAUAUGGGAGUCUAACUUGGGCGAAGAUGUUAUGGAGGAACUGCUGCUGCAAUGGAAGGACGAAGACAUAUGGGGACCUAACUUGUGGGAUGGAUCACUAAUUGGGGAUGGGAUAUCGCCUCUUGAGGGAUCUGGACAUCGACAUGCAGUUACGCGUAAUUUGUAUGCCGAACAUCGAGCAGAAAAAGAAAAAAAGUUAAAGAAAGUGAAAAAUGUACAUCCUACGUUUGGCCCACUUGGUGAGUCAGCCAACGUAGACGACGACGAUGAUGAUGAUAAUUUUGAGGGAGAUGAAUCAGCAGAGGAUAGUUUUGAGAGUGGGGGGGACGAUGUGGAUGAGGAGGAUGACACAUCCGAGUAUUCCUCGCAUGAGAGGAGGGAUAUACAUAUUGGAGAUAACUCAGUACUGAACUCCAUUGGUCGUACUGUUGAUCAGACUCCAGUUCACCCUACCCGGGGGAGGGGGGGGGGGAAGUCGCUUGUUGGAUUAUCAACCCUGAAUUUAGCUUACACUCCUGGUGGUUCCAGUGUUUGUGUCGGCCCACAGAGUACUCUUUUUAGAGGUCAGAGUACUACUCUUCAGCAUGCAGGUCCGCAGAGUACUCUUUUCAGAGGUCACAGUACUACUCUUCAGCAUGCAGGCCUGCAGAGUACUGUUUUUAGAGGUCCCCCUCUGACUACUCAGCCUCGUUCCCGUUUUGGUGGCGCAUCCAUUGGUGCCUCUAUCCGUCCUGAGGCAGCUGCAUCGUCAUCAGGUACUAGCAGACGACGACGUACCUGGCGGGCCAUGAAGUACUCCUGGGGAUCCGCCCGAGACUGGACACCAAUUCGUACGCAGCUCGACGCGAUGACUGAGCAAGAGGUCGAAUGGGAGCCAUUUGGUCGCGAACAGGCGGCAGCAUAUCCGAGGACCAUCUUCGCAUACAUACCUCGUGCGCCGCUCACGCCGGUAGCUCAGUUUCGCGGGAAAAAUGCGCACAAAUUUCCGAAGUCAGAGUGCGUCAACCUCAGUCAUUGUGUGCCGUGGAUGCGUGAGAUGGAGAAGUUGACUCGAGGUUGCAUCGACGAUUUGAAGAAACUCGAUUUGGGUCUUGGUGAGGAGUGGGAUACUCGCCUGGAUGAUGUCAUCUUCCGGCACAGUCAGGCCCCAUGA